UGGUACUAAUAAGAAAGCAAUUCUACGAGCAUAUAAAGCAGCUGAUACAAGUGGUAAUGGUUUUGUUGAAUUAAAAGAAUUUGAAAAAAUUGUUCAAUUACUUAAACAAUAUGAUGAAAUAAGCAAAAUAUUUGAAGAAUUAGAUACAAAUGAUGAUCAUCGUAUUGGUUUUAAUGAAUUCAAAAAAGGUUUUCAAUUAUUAGGUGAAGAUGAUUCGGAUGAAAAUAGUUUAAAACAAGAAUUUGAUGCUAUUGAUUCAAAUGAUGGUGGUUAUAUUCUAUUUGAUGAAUUUUGUAUGUACAUGGCAAAUAAGAAAGUACAAUAA